AUGUCCACCGGCAAGACUACGACGCCAGCGGCUGGCGUUGCUACGACGAGCAAACCUCUGGGUAUGCGCAAGAAUGGCAAGCAAUGGCACGAACCCAAGAAAGCCUUCCGUCCGACACGUGGACUCAAGUCGUAUGAGAAGCGAACGCAGGAGCGUGCGCUGAUGGCGCAAGUCAAAGCCAAAGAGAAGGAGAUGAAGGAGGAGAAGGAGCAGGAGCACAAGCAACGAGUUGCUGCCAUCAAAGAGAAGAGAGAGAGGAAGGCCGAGAAGGAGCGAUAUGAGGAGUUGGAGGCAAAGAUGCACAAGAAGAGAGUGGAGAGGCUGAAGAGGAAAGAGAAGCGCAAUAAGAUGAUCAACUCCUGA